GUUAAUUAAAAAAAAAAAAGGAUUACAAGUCUUUAAAAGGAUCGAUAACUCACUACACUCGAAGAGUUACAAUAAAAAAAAUCUAAGAGUCAAAGAUUCUUGACUAAUUAUAAUAGAAAAAAAACAAGAAAAAAUAAGGUAGGCAAGAAGCCAAACCCAAAAAAUUGGAGCAGCCCAAAAGUUAAGAUAUUCAUUAUGCCCAGAAGAAAUAACGGGUAACCACAAAUGAAGAACUGGAGUAGCCAUGAGAAUCCUACAGAAAGAAAAAAGCACAACAUAAACAAAUCUAAUAUAUUACAACUACAAAUAAUCAUACACAUAUUUGCUAAUAAAAUUGAUGCUAUCAGGAAGUUUUUGGGAUUUGACAACUCUUUAGGUAAUUGCUCCAAUAAAAUUUGGCUUUUUUGGCAUUCUUCUGCUUCUUUAAAUAUCAUGGAUGAUUUAAAUCAAGCUGUUCAUAUUAGUUUUCCUUUUAAUCAUACUACUUGCUAUGCCUCCUUUAUUUAUGGCUUCUUGCUCUAGGAAUGGUAGAAGAAUCCUUUGGAAUCAGCUUUCUGAUUUUGCUUCCACAGUUAGUGGACCUUGGCUGGUUGGGGGAGAUUUUAAUUGCAUUUCUUCUCCUAAUGAAAGGGUUGGGGAUUUCAAAACAUGUGGCUCCUCGAUGCUUCCUUUUUACAGAUUGUUAAGGAUAAUUGGGAGGCUCCCUUGGCUCCUUCGGAUAACGUUUCUGCUGCAGGAAAAAGAAGAAGUUUAUUGGAGGCAGAAGGCUUCUUCUAAAUUUCUUGUGGAAGGUGAUCGUAACACAAAAUUUUUCCACAACAUUGCCAAUCACAACAAAAUUAGUCGUCAAAUUCAUAAAAUCAGUCAUUCUGAGGGGGAUAUUAUUGAAAAUCCUGAUGCCAUUGCCUUUUCUGGGACUGAUUUCUUUUCUAAACUUUUUAAAUCUAAUUUCACUCCUAUGUUGGACACUGAUUUCUCCUUUAUUCCGCCUUUUUUUUGGACAAUAUUUUACUGACUAAAACACCUUCUAUGGUUGAGAUUAGGGAGAAUUUAAAUAGUAUGAAUGUUGAUUCGGUGGCCGGUCCUGAUGGUUUCACUAAUAAGUUUUUUUAAAAAAACCUGGGACAUUAUUAAGGAGGAUCUCGUUAAUGCUGUUUCUGAUUUUUUUAGUGGCUCUACUUAUCCUAAGUUUUUUACUUCCACUUCUAUUGCUCUCAUUCCUAAGGCUCAAAAUGUUUACUCUUGGAAUGAUUAUAGGCCUAUUAGCUUAUGUUCUUUAAUUUAUUUAAAAAAUUGAUUUCCAAAAUUUUAAUGGGAAGACUUGCUUCUAUUCUUCCUAAGAUUAUUUCGUUGGAACUGUCAGGUUUUGUUAAAGGUAGAUCGAUAUUUGACAACAUUCUUCUUGCGCAGGAAUUAAUUCAUGACUUGGAUAAAAGGGUGGUUGGUGGGAAUACUAUUUUCAAAAUGGACAU